CUUGGAUUGUCGUGGGGGGGUGUAAGCGACCUUGCCCGAAAAUUGGUAAUACCCCAAGAAACUCCAACUCGGCGGGCUGUCAAAUCUUCUUUUGCGCCAACACCGCACCCGAGACUGCAGGUCGGAAAUAAUCCUGCAUCGGCGGUCCCCGAGAGAGCGAGGCUGGGGACCUGCUGCAAGUCAAACCCUGUUGGCUUUUUUUUAUCGUUGAUUGUCAUCCUUUGGUUGAAUAUUCAAGGGUAACCGACCAGAAGAGGAGAAGAAAGAAAGAAGAAAAAAAACAAGAAAAGAAAAAAAAGAACAGGGCGGAGUUGCAGUCCUUCCAGCUGCCGACUGGGCUUACACAUUGUAUUCAAUACACUUCGUAAUCAGCAACGCUAAAAAAGACUGAUAAAAAUAACACCAA